AUAUCAAAAAUGGAGCCCAUGCUGCGCAAGUCAACAGCGCUGUCCUGUGUUAUGUAGCCGUUUGCUGCUGUCAUAGGCGGAGUAGACCCUUAAACUAAACACGUAACACACUCCUGUGACAGUGAACAACAUGGGGGUUCUGUGUUUCGCCCGUGGUGCGUUCACGUCCGCCACAAAAUACAGUGGUCGGUUUGUGUGCGUAACGUUUCUCUCCGGUGUUACAGCUCCAGCAGGUGUCCGUGUCCGACGGUACAGCCAGAGACAGGUCCCCGGACAGUAUGUGUGCUACCACCUUCCUCACAGGACGUUGCUUAAAAUCCAGGGACAAGACACGAGCCCGUUUCUUCAGGGGAUUAUAACCAACGACAUGGGGCUGCUGGUGGAGCCUGGACUCACUGCCAUGUACUCACACAUGCUGAAUGUACAGGGGAGGACUCUGUAUGACAUCAUGUUGUACAGACUAAAAGAAGCUGAUGCAGGACAGGGUGUCUUCCUGGAGUGUGACAGCACAGUUAGAGACUCACUCUUGAGACAUUUGAAGGUGUACAAGCUCCGCAGAAAGGUCAACAUAAACCCCUGUCCAGAGCUCUCGGUGUGGGCGGUGCUUUCCAAGCAGAAGGAGGCAGGUGAAAAGGCCAGUAAACCUGAGCUGUCCUCCCCAGACAAAGCUCUGGUAUGGGAGACUGAUCCUCGAACUGAGGACAUGGGCUGGAGACUGGUGUUGGACAAUCAAACUGACCCCUUGGAUGUCAUUGCAUCAUGUCAGAAAGGUGACACGGGGGAGUAUCACAGACAUCGUUAUGCAAUAGGACUUCCUGAGGGAGUGAAGGACCUUCCGCCCGGGGUGGCACUACCACUCGAGUCGAACCUCGUCUACAUGCAGGGUAUCAGCUUUAGCAAGGGCUGUUACAUUGGCCAGGAGCUCACAGCCAGGACUCAUCACACUGGGGUGAUUCGGAAACGCCUGAUGCCAGUGCGCCUGUCAGCUCCAGUCCAAGACCUCGAGGAAGGUGCCGCGCUGCAAACGCAGUCGGGCAAACCAGCUGGGAAGCACCGAGCAGGGGUUGGAGAGCUGGGUCUGGGUGUAAUCCGCAUAGCUCAUGCCAAAGAGGCUUUGAUGCUCAAAUCUUCUGACGACACCACAGUGACACUUGAGGUCUCUGUGCCAGACUGGUGGCCUGAAGACGCGAAAAUCAAGUGAAGAGGAGGAUGUUUUAUUGUUCCCUGAAAUGUGACAUAGAUCGCAUCUGACAGACUUCUCAUAGACACAACCCUGAAGUACAGUAUGUUACUCUGUCAUUGCUUAAUAGCUGUGUGGCACUUACCCAUAUUUGUUUUUGUUUUGUUUGUAAGAAAACAUACUUUUAGAGUGAUUUCCUAACUGUAAAGUAUCACUAACCACAAACCACAGAAUUAUGUUAUUUAACUGAUCUACUGCAGCAUUAUACAACAGGAUAUACCAAAGGUGAGAUGGUAUUGGUGGUUGUUGAAUAAAUAUGCAAGAAAGCAAU